GCGUCUGCUAUGCAGAGUUUGGAGUCCGCGUCCCCAAGACCACAGGGUCAGCCUACACCUACAGCUACGUCACUGUCGGGGAGUUUGUGGCAUUUUUCAUCGGCUGGAAUCUGAUCCUAGAGUACCUGAUUGGCACUGCGGCUGGCGCCAGUGCCCUGAGCAGCAUGUUUGACUCACUGGCCAACCACACCAUCAGCCACUGGAUGGUGGACAGCGUGGGAACCCUCAAUGGCCUGGGGAAAGGAGAACAAUCAUACCCCGACCUUCUGGCUUUGGUGAUCGCAAUUAUCGUCACCAUCAUCGUCGCGCUGGGGGUGAAGAAUUCUGUGGGCUUCAACAAUGUACUCAAUGUGCUGAACCUGGCCGUGUGGGUGUUCAUCAUGAUUGCAGGCUUCUUCUUCAUCAAUGGGAAAUACUGGGCUGAGGGCCAGUUCUUGCCCUAUGGCUGGUCAGGGGUGCUGCAAGGAGCAGCCACGUGUUUCUAUGCUUUCAUUGGCUUUGACAUCAUCGCCACCACUGGAGAGGAAGCCAAGAAUCCCAACACAUCCAUCCCUUAUGCUAUCACCGCCUCCCUGGUCAUCUGCCUGACAGCAUAUGUAUCCGUGAGCAUGAUCCUAACUCUGAUGGUGCCAUAUGACGCCAUUGACACGGAGUCCCCACUCAUGGAGAUGUUUGUGGCUCGUGGGUUCUAUGCCGCAAAGUUCGUCGUGGCCAUCGGGUCAGUUGCAGGACUGACAGUCAGCUUGCUGGGCUCCCUCUUCCCAAUGCCGAGGGUUAUCUAUGCCAUGGCCGGCGAUGGGCUUCUGUUCAGAUUCCUGGCUCACGUGAGCUCCUACACAGAGACCCCCGUGGUGGCCUGCAUCGUUUCGGGGUUCCUGGCAGCUCUCCUCUCCCUGCUAGUCAGCUUGAGAGACCUGAUUGAGAUGAUGUCCAUCGGCACCCUCCUCGCCUACACCUUAGUCUCCGUCUGCGUCCUGCUCCUUCGAUACCAGCCCGAGAGUGACAUUGACGGCUUUGUCAAAUUCCUGUCUGAGGAGCACACCAAGAAGGAGGGUAUUCUGGCUGACUGUGAGAAGGAAGGCUGCUCUCCUGUGAGUGAAGGGGAAGAGUUCUCCGGCCCAGCCACCAACACGUGUGGGGCCAAGAACCUGCCAUCCUUGGGAGACAAUGAGAUGCUCAUAGGGAAAUCAGACAAGUCGACCUACAACGUCAACCACCCAAACUACGGCACUGUGGACAUGACCACAGGCAUAGAAGCCGAUGAAUCUGAAAACAUCUAUCUCAUCAAGUUGAAGAAGCUGAUUGGGCCCCGUUACUACACCAUGAGGAUCCAGCUGGGCCUUCCGGGCAAGAUGGACCGGCCCACAGCCGCUACAGGGCACACGGUGACCAUCUGCGUGCUCCUGCUCUUCAUCCUCAUGUUCGUCUUCUGCUCAUUCAUCAUCUUUGGUUCUGACUACAUUUCAGAGCAGAGCUGGUGGGCCAUCCUUCUAGUCGUUCUGAUGGUGCUGCUGAUCAGCGCCCUGGUGUUUGUGAUCCUGCAGCAACCAGAGAACCCCAAGAAGCUACCCUACAUGGCUCCCUGCCUCCCCUUUGUGCCUGCCUUUGCCAUGCUGGUGAACAUCUAUCUUAUGCUAAAGCUCUCUACCAUCACGUGGAUCCGGUUUGCAGUCUGGUGCUUUGUCGGUAUGCUCAUUUAUUUUGGGUAUGGCAUCUGGAAUAGCACCCUGGAAAUCAGCGCCCGAGAAGAAGCCCUGCACCAGAGCACGUACCAGCGCUACGACGUGGACGACCCUUUCUCAGUGGAGGAGGGCUUCUCCUAUGCCACGGAGGGCGAGAGCCAGGAGAACUGGGGCGGGCCGGCCGAGGACAAAGGCUUCUCUUACCAGCAGAUGUCAGAUUCGCAGCCCAGCACCAGGACCAGCAGCAAGGCAAAGAGCAAAAGCAAACACAAACAGAACUCAGAGGCCCUGAUUGCAAACGAUGAGUUAGAUUACUCUCCAGAGUAGGAGCACACACACCAGAAAUGUGCAGACAUGACGGUGAUUUCUUUUCAGUAAAUUCACCUGUGGGCUAGAAGGUGGAAACUUCUUUGGCUCUCAUUUCAAAACUCCAGCCUUCCCCAAAGUCAGUCCCCAGUCAUAGCCUGUCAUUUGCCACCUCUGCUCUUCACGACAGUUCUGUGGAAGGGCUUCACCCGGCUCCCAUAACUAGUUCCCUUGCAAAACCAAACAGAAAACAACUAAAAGCUAUGAGAAAUUCUAUCAGGUGCAACCAUCAGAGCUGAUGGCAGUGUCUCCCAGGCCUUUGCUUUGCUGGUUGAAUCUUUUUGCUUCUUACUAAGGCCCCAAGAAGCAGGGAGUAAAACCCCUGGAGAUGUGCCAAAGCAGGUGGAGUUGGGCACAAGGCGGCAUUUCAACCACCUGAGAUCUCAAGGGCAAAGCCCUGUUCUCAGCACGCUAGGCUGAGAGCCACUCCUCGAGGCCACAUGGCACUUGGCACUUCCUCCGAAAGCAACAUUUCGUUCUGAAAUCUCACAAAAACAAAUUCAUGGUGAUGCAUACUUCUUUUUCCUUCGCCAAGGUUCUCACAGUCCCCAGACUAGAACUUUAGGAUGCAGUAAAGGUCAGGAACUCUGAGACCAUGAUCCCAAAGAUCUCAGACUCACCGUAAGGCAGUCAGACCCAAUAAUAAGGUAAGAAGCACCAUCAACUUAAAUGCCCAGGGGAAAAAAAAAAAAAAACUGAAUAACCAUCUCUCGCAGGGAAGGCCAGAAGGGCACUGGCAAAAAUUAACUCUGUCAUGUCAUGCCUUCUCUUAUACCAGACUCUAAGCUCCUGCUGAUAUGAUGAAAGAGGGCAAAGCGGGAGCAUGAUUUCAUGACAUUAAUAUGCCUUGAAGAAGUAGGCUAUUUGUUUUAUGAUCAGAUAAAAAAGCUUUACAAGGAGAAGUGACCCAGCCACUGAGAUCACAUUGCAAACUCUUUCAGAUUUCUAAAAUUAUAAAUUCUGAAGUUUUUUGAGAUAUGCAACCACUUGACUGGUGGGUGCUACUCUGAAAACAAAAAAUAAUGAAGCACAGCUACUUAGGUAAUCACAUUCCAUGAGAUCACAUUUCAUUCUGAACCUUACUCCUCUGGCGUAGCUCACUUUCAGACAUGGAUUUUUCCUGUUAUUUCCCAAAGUAGUUUCACUAAAGCCCAGAGGAAGAAAAUAUCUACCUGAUAAGGUCUAAACCUUGGAGAAGGGCAAGGCAACCCACUCCAGUAUUCUUGCCUGGAGAAUCCUCAUGGAUAGGGAAGCCUGGUGGGCUACAGUCCAUGGGGUCGCAAAGAGUCAGACACGAAUGAAGCGACUAAUCACACAAGGUCUAAACCUGGACCACAAGAGGGGCUCUUAAAGAUUAUUUUCUCAGAAACAAACUGGAAGAGGACACUUGCAACAAGAAAAAAACACAUGGCCUAUGCAUUCCAGUCUUGGGUUACAGGGAUUCAUGCUGUACCUUGAGAUGUGGACACAUGUAUAUGAAGGCACAAUUUGGAUCAAGCUAAAAUCUUUCUGAGGACUUCCUGAAAGCAGGACAAAAUAGUAAAUUCUUUGCUCUCUCUGUCUCCUGGAUCUCGAGUUAUGCCAAAAGUUUUCCAGAACAUCAACUAAUGUUUAAGUCUGUUCUUUCUUAAAGGUUGAGAUUUGUGCCAUCUUGGCAUGGUUCAGGAUUAUAGACAGGACACAAACGCACAUUCUUAUGUGAAACUAACACUGAUCAAAAAUGCACCAAAUCCUAAACAAUAGGAAUAAAAAGAAAUGUAACAUCUGCCCUUGGAGGUUCACAACCCAGGGAAAGAGCAGCACCAGAACCUGAUAAAUGUAGAUAAGACAACCAAACAUGGCAAGUCCUCUUGGUUGAUGAACUGGGCUUUAAAAAUAAUAAUGUUUAUAAAAAGACCAACUGAAACUAGUUUUUCUUUAAUAAAUUGGAUAUCCCACCCAAAGCCAUGUAAGCCAUUUAAAUUCAAAUAAUUACUGUUCUCCAGAUUUUUUUUUUUCAUUCCUCUAUAGUAAUUGUUCAGCACUCUGGUUUUUCUGAGGUCAAUUUUUCAUCUUAAUGUAAUGCUUGGCAAUUCCAUUUCUCUCUCCCCUAAGAUUAACCAUAAAGAUACAGUGGCUGAUGUGUGAAAUAUAUCUUUGGGGAUUAAAUUAGUACUUCUUGUGAAAACAAACUUUGGAACUGGUCUUAGGACUGAACAAAUCUGACUAGCUUAAAUAUAAUCUAUUAGACUUGAGACAUAUCCAGACAGAUGGGGUGGAGUUGUAUUUAUUAAAAGUGUUCAAAGAGAAAUAUGAGAAAUAUGAAUGCAAAAUUACAAAACCUUAACAUGCGUGAAAGAGCCUCCUUUUACUAAUAAGGUGUAUUAUUGUAACAACUGUCUGCUGGCAGAUGUGUGGAGUUUCUGUAGCAUCAGAAGAGAGGGCCUGUGCUUGGUAAACCCUGUUGGUACUGAUUUCAUAAAGACCCUCUCGAAAUCACCCUCAUUUCAGGAGUCAUUUCUCUCAAAUAGUAUCUCUAUAUUUUUUUAAGCUUUGCUCUCUUUAUUGCUCUAAAUUGGUUAGUCAUUUCACCAGUGACCUUGGUUUUUUUAAAAAUCAGUCAAUAUGAUAGAAAAAGUUUUUCAAGAUAAAUAGACAUGUUUUUCCCUCAUGGUUCCCAGCCUCUGUGAAAUAAUCUCAGAUCUCACAGGGCAGUUUUCAAAUACCAUUAAUCACUAGAAUGAUAUUAGCAUUUCCUAAUUCAUUUUCUUAAGACUGUAUUUGUGGGGCCACAUUAAAAGUAAGAUCAUCCUAUAAUUAGCUCAGACACUUAGCCCCUUGAACAACGUCCUAGGAAGACCUAGAUGUUACUGAAUCCUCUGUACCAAGAGCUCUUUCAGUGAGAUUUCAUCAUAUAGAUUUAUGGUUAGGAGCUAAUUAUUUGAUUUUUUUUAAUGUAUGCUACUUAUUAGUACUCUCCUUCAUUUCAAGAGGAUUUCAAGUGGUUAUUAAAAUACAUAUAAUACC